AACCUGGAUUGGAUUUGAGAUAGUCAAUCUGAUCUGGCAACCCAGAGUCCAAACGAGCCGUGCGUAAUGCCAGAUCACGGAACGGGAUGGAGAGAAGAAAAGCAGCAGUUUGAAUAAGCAUUCAGCCACAUGCACUGAUGUUGUAGGUUAAAAAGUUACACUGUAAUAGCUUUGCUGCAAUAACUUUCUUCUCCCACAAAGCGUUUCUGUGCAUAUGGAUGCUGCGCGUCGUGAUUAGAUCUGGUUUCAAGUAUUAGGGCUGCUUUAGGAGGCUCGCGCGCCCUGGACACGGUUCCUCGCCAUGCGUGCAACUGCGGCAUUCGUGGCUCUGCUCACGCUGUGCGUGAUCGCGGCGCGUGGAUGCCAGCUUCCCCAUGACUGGAGACCACAAACGGAAGCGUGCCGCGCGGAGCUCGCUGAGAUCAUAGUUUUCGCCAGGGUGCUCGCUGUUCAUGAGGACGCGCACGGAGGCGCGUAUAACUACCUGCCGUGGCAGCACGAAGCCGGACUCUUCUUCUCGGCUGAGAUCGAGCUGCAGUGCGACCAGGCGUGGGGCAGCAUGCUGGAGGUGCCCGCCGGCUCGCGCUUUAACGUCACCGGACUCGGCUACUUUCCAUGCUACUCAUACAGCGUGGUGGAGAAUAACAACUACUACUUCUUCUUGAGGAUGGAUGAAAACUACAACAUUAUUCCUCAUGGAGUAAACUUCCAGGACCCCAUCUUCCCUGACACGCCGGAAAACCACCGCAUGUUCGCCAGCCUCUUCCAGUUCUCCAACUGCACAGCUGGGACUCAGGUCCACACGUUCACCCCAGAGUGGGAGGCACAGGAGGACAGCCGGCUCCUGUGCUCCACGGUGCAGAAAGCUCUCUUUGAGGAAGAGGAGAAGGUUAAAACUCUUUCUCAGAAGGUUAAGGUCCUCGAGAAAGCCAACAACCACCUGAGGGACAAAGUGAAGAACCUGAAGCGUUUGCUGAGACUGGCCAAACGGGAGACCAAGGAUCAGACGGUGCUUCUCAAACAGCUACACGAGCCCGAACCAGAGCUUCCACAUCCACAGCAAGAUACCACCCAGGUUCAAAAACCUGUUAAUCGGAAGAUCCUGCCUAGGAAGCUCAAAAACUAGGGAAUUUAGUCUAAUUGCUUCCAAACUGGGAAAUUUUUGCUUAAGUACUGCCAGGUAGUCAAACCAGCUAUACAGCUAUUUGUCUGUGUGUCAAUAAAAUUUCCAUAUACUAGAAUGAAAAUUGUAAUAUGGAAUGUAACAGACUUUUUAUGUAUGCGUCAGCUCAGGAUUAACAGAGAAAGGACAUGAUACAGAGAAUAUGCGUAUGCAUCAGGUUAGUACUUCAUGAGAAGAAAUUUUAAGUAUGAAUGAACUAAUAUUUUCCACAUAUUUUGAUCCCUCUUCACAUAGCAGACACAUUAACUGGAGAAACUUCUAUAAUACAAUCACAGGAAAUAUACAGAUUAGAUCAUAGUCAGAGGUCAGCAUCUAGCCACAUAGUUUCGAGAAAUAGCUACUAUAUUAACCAGUGGAUUAUAGAGUGCCCAUUUAAUUCAUUCAGCUCAUGUUCAUCUAUAAAAUACAACAUAUUGUGAAAGCCUUCCCUUUCAUUCGAACCUCUGAAUCUUCUCGUACACCCCUGUAUUUCAAAUUUAGAAGCACUUUGCCAGUUGGCUGUCAUCAAACUGAUAUUAUACCUUCGAGUCCUGUAUAAAAGAAUGUCAGAAUUUCACAAUAUUUGACCAUUUAAGGUUAAAGCUAUUUUGGUAUAUUCUCAAAACAUGGUGCACUUGAUAUCGCUGGAAUGUUACACUACACUCUUUCCAAACAUCUCUCAGCGUUUCUUUCAUGAUUUUAAUCUGCAUAGUGCUUCUUUUUUUCAUUACUUUUCUCUCUCUUUUCUCUUUUGUUUUUAAUAACCAGGGUGCUGAGCACUCCAUAAAUAAAACCACUACUCAGUAUGGCUUAUUUUGAGGCCACAUUUUUCAGUAUUUAGUGAACUGAUACGAAUUUGCUAUGUUAAGCCAACAAUUUUAUUAUUGAAAAAGAAGAAUGAAAUGUAAACAAUAUUGGUUUUUUUUUCAUGUAUGUUUAACAUAUUCACAAGCUUUUAUGUACGCCAUGAAAAUGAAAUAAACUUGCUUUUUUUACUUAA